AUGAUCUACGAUCUAAAUAAUAAUUUCUUAGUUGAAAGAUUACUUUCAAAGUCAAGGAGAAAACUUCCAGAAGACACUUAUACACUGGUCGUUUCCAUUGCUGGUGUCUUCGUUCCAAAGGAAAAAAUGUGUCGAGGUUUCUCAUGCACUAUAAAAGUUAGAACAGCAGUGACUCCAGUUAUCGAAAAUGUGUCACCAGUUUAUGCUCCACCAGCUUCACUUAUUGGAUUGAAUGGAACCAUUUUCACUAGCCGAUUCAGUUCGAAUUUAGAUGUCUUCACGGUUGGCAAACCUCAAAGUAUAAUAAGAAUUUACGACGGUCCAGGGAAUUGUGAGCCUCAAAAACCCAACAGUGAUGAAUACUAUGGAAUUGAACUCAUUCCUCCGGGUUCUAAUAAAGGCUAUAUUAUAUGCAAAAGGAACACUACAUACAUUGGUUCAAUAAACAUCACUUUUAUCGUGGACUCGCCGUAUGGAAGGAGUACAGCAGCUGAAUCCAUUUAUCGUGUUGACAGAAAUGAAAAAACUUAUAUGCACCAAGCAUAUGCAGUCAUCAAAGGUGUUUCACCACCUCAAACAUCUGCCAGUGGUGGUGGGUUGGUCGAAAUUUCAGGAGAGUAUUUGGGACCACAGGGCAAUGUUAAAAUCUUAGUAGGAAACACAAAUUGUUCCCCAGUUCGAAUGAAUUCAACUGUCAUUCACUGCAUUCUUGAUCAGAUUACAGAUACUUCAUCAAAUACUGCUUAUCCAGGAAAUCGUGGUUCAACUGUACAGUUUUGGUCAGAUUUGAAAGCUUCAACGGAAGAUGAUUUAUUAAAAUUAAACUUUUCGGAGUCUUCUUCAGCAGCUCUAGAAAAAUUUCUUCAUGAACCAGAGUUCAUUCCAAGCGUUUUGUACAAUGGAACUGGAAUAGCUCGCCUAAUUACUGUAUUUGUGGCGCCAAAAAGUUCUGAAUACCAGUUCAUAGUUAGUUCAGUUGUCCCUUACGUUCUCCUUGGAGGAAGAUCAAAUGAGACUUUGGGUCUUGAAACAAGGAUGUCUGUAGUUAAUGGUCGAACUAAAUCAAUUUACUUGCAGAGAGAUGAAAGUUGGAUACUUGAACUUCGCACCACACUUACCCGACCAACCGUUUUGAUACGUCUAUGUGCAUCUAUGUUGAAUACAAGUUUGAACUCCCAACAACUGAAAGCAUCAAAACCAACCUCCUAUACAAUAUCACUUAAAUCAAAUGGCUAUUCAGAAAAACAAGUAGUGAACCAUUCUGCUUUAUUUAACUCACCGAUUACACCGAUUGCUGAAAUUCAAACGUUCAGUAUACCAUCAGCUGCUAUGCAAUAUAAAUUAUGCUUAUUUUCUUCUUGUACAGUACCGUUACCAGUUCAAAAUCCAAAUGUUGACCAGAUCCAGUCAGAAAUUAAUGAAAAGUUUAGCAGUGCAUCUACAAAAGUUAGAAUUUUAGGUACAACCAGUGAUUAUUUUACUUUUGAAGUUACCUUUCCUAAAGAGUUUGGUGAUAUUCCGCUUUUUGAAGUAAGAACUAUUGGACAAACGGUAAACAAAGCGCUGGUCAAUGAAACAGUAAAAGGAAUGACCGGAUUUACAAAGGAUAUCCGACCGUCGUAUGGUGGCAUGUACUCUUACAAUACCUACACACUUAAUAGUACGGAGAGUGAAAUUCGGGCAGCAUAUCUUAGUCUUGGUUCGUCUUGGUGUCCUCCAAAGUUGAUUAGUCCGCCAUUUAAAUACGCUGUUUUUGAUGAUUUCGAAAAUUCUACACGCAAAGAAGUUACAACAGAAGCUACUGCGUUUUGUGGUCGUCAGUGUGUAGAGAAUCUGUUUACAUAUGUGUUUGAUCAAGUUAUCUCGGUCAACACUAAUCCAUUUUUAUGUUUUGCAGUAAAAGGUAAAGCACAAAAUAUAGUAACAUUUGUGUACAACGCCAUUGGUAUUAACACUCGCUUACUUAAGCAAUCUUUGAACUACGCAAUCGAUCUGACACUUCCUCAAGAAAACGUAUGGAAAUAUAAAUGCAUCGAUGUACUACAGGUACUUCGUUCGAAUCCACUCAACGUAAAUGCAACAAUCUUUCAACUGGAAUCCUUCGGUGUUACACCGAGAAAGAAAUUUUUUGAAUCUCAGUUUUCUGUACAUUUGGAUACCGUUUACAUGGGGCCGAAACCAAUUUAUGAUGAUGCAAAUGAUGUCGCUACUUGGCCAAGAUUUCCUAAGCAAGUAUUCAGUGAUGUUACAGUGAUAAAAGGUGCUUCUAAUGGUGUAUUCACAGUCGAAAUAACAACAAAAUCAUGUCUGCAAAAUUUUGAUUUAUUUGGUUUAGCCGGUGUGCCAAUGCAGAACAAUAACAGCACUGUUGGACAGGAAGUAAUUAUUCGAGAUGAUAGAUGGCCAACCCCUGUUCUAAGUUCAGUGAUACGUACACAGGCUGCUUCUCCACCCAUGAAUGGAUAUUACGUCUUAUCUUUUAAAGGAGUACCAACGUCACUUGGAUUAAGUAUGAGGUCUCAACAUAUUCAGUGUGAUUUAUGUAGGUGCUUAGACAGUUCACAUUCAUGGAGAGUACAACGUUUGAGUAAUCAGUUGUCACCUCAUUUUCUUUAUUUUCUUUUCGAUGCACUUAAUCAUCAUGGUAUUCCGGCAAGGUUUGUUCAACCCAAUGUCGUCGAGAGAAUACUGAAUCUGCAUCCUCAUCUUGGUACUGUGCGUGUUAGUCGGAGUGGUGUGUGCAGAAGUUUUCAGUACGUUAUUUGGCUUGACAGUUUACCCGGUGACCAACCAGAAAUAUCAGUAUCAAAUCAAACAAAGUUGAUUGGUGAUGCACCACAAGUUACUGUACAGAAAUCUGCGAUUGGAGAGUUGGUUAUGUGUCCUCUAUCAGGUGAUAUGGUGGCGACAAGACAUACUGUUCCACAAGUUAGAUUAUAUAUCGAUAAUGUUCCGGCUUUUUGCGAAUCAUCAUGCAGUCAUCAGCUCGUUGAUUUAUCAAGUCCUACUGUAGAAAGUUCGUCAGUACAAGUCACUGACAAUAAUCUUACAUUGGUUGUGUCCGGUACUGGCUUCACUGCAGACUCACCAGAACUAUAUGAGUUAUUCCUCAUGAUAGAUAAAACGACCAUUUUGAAACAAUGGGCUUUUCGGAGCACAACAACUCAAUUACAUUUCUUUAAUCGACCACUAAAGGAUAUUCCUAUAGGUUCAUAUACUGGCCGAUUACGAUUACGUGGACAAGGAUUUACUAGUUCACAGUUCACAGUCUCCUUAGGCAAAGAAGGCAGUGGCAUUGUGGACAUUGUGCAAACAGGGUUAUUUAAAGAAGAUAAAGAGGUCAUUAAAAUUAAUGGGUCUCGCUUUCUACCAAACUAUUCGCAAGUUUACUUUGAUAAUACUCCUUGUGAAUUAGAAAACAUGACAACAACUGAAAUCACUUGCUUAUUUCCUAUUACUGGUCUUUCCGGUCAGAAGGUAGUAAAAGUUCAACAGCCUAACGAUAUUAUGUCCAAGACAAACGACUUCAAUGUAUCACGGUCUAAUACACCAGUCAUACUCUCUGUUCAACAGCAACAGUCUGCUUCAGUUUCAGGCACUACUCAAGUUAUCAUCAAUGGUCUAAGAUUUACUCGUGAUAUGCUAAUCUUCGUUGGUGGUGUAAGAGUGCAGAAUUUCACUUUUGUAAACGAAACGCAAAUUAUAAUGUUGGCCCCGCCUCAAAAGAUAAAUGGUGAAAAAUUAAUAGCGUUGUUUGAUUCACAGAAUAUUCUUAUCUCCCCCGAAUUUUCAGUUGUCUAUCAGUUUGAACUGUCUAGCGUACAGCCUCAAAUUGGAAGUUUUAUGGGUGGACAAAUUCUAAAUGUAGAUGGAGAGGGAUUUGACAAUCAAACUAAAGUUUUCAUGAAACCAAUUGAUGAUAAAAGUCAACUAUGUUUUGAUCGGCCUGCAUCCGAGUGUGAAAUUCUUUCGAGGGAUUCAAGGAAAAUACAAUGCAAAACAGGGUCAUUGGUUAAAACACAUUAUGUAUUUGAUAGUGGUGUGAGCCCAGAACGUGGUGUGGGAUAUGAAUGGCAACCAAAGACUUUAACAAUAAUUCAAGGAGAUAGUGUGGUAUGGAUUUGGAACACAACUACACGUACAAAUCCUAUUAUGGUAGCACAAGCAACUGAUGUUGAAGAUCUGACUCCUUUCGCUCUUGGAUUUCAUAGUGGUGAACCGACAAUGAAAGGAAUAUACAGUUUCAACUUCACUGAACCUGGAACCUAUUACUAUGUGUCAUCAAAUGAAUUUACGAUGAUGGGAAUUAUAGAAGUUCGACCAUUCGAUGAUUGUAUAACUGAAGUUGUGGUGCAAACACAGUAUUCAACAGCCAUCCAUAAAAACGUUUCAGUUUCCGCGAACUGGGACUCUGUAGCAGCUUGUGCUGGAGGUUUAAGCUGCAGCAGUUUAACCAAGCCUGCAGCACUCUCUACAAAGCAUGGAUAUGUGUAUCGAGGUUGUGCAACUCCGACGGUGUCUUCGUUUAGUCCAUUCACCUUACAUGCUGAAAGUGAAGUUGAGGUAACUUCAGACAUAUUAUCAAAAUGUGCGAAUGAAGUGAUUAUCACGGUUGGCGGAGCGAAUUGCAUAUCACCUUUACGUGACAAUAAUUCACUGAAUUCCAUUAAAUGCACUUUGCAAGAAGAUCAGGUUGUAUUGGCUGGUUUGACAACUGGACAGCCAUUAAGACCAUCUGUUUUCCACAAAGAUUUUGGAAUGGGACUUCUCACAGUAUCCUACAAUGAGUUCGAACGGUAUGCAUUUUUCUUACCCAGGAUUAAUUGUGUGAAAACAAGGGGAAUAGGAAGUACUCAAGGAGGUGGACAGUUUAUCAUUUAUGGUUCUGGAUUUGUUUCUAAGAAUACUGAUUUGAAUGUGGUAACACUUCGCUCUAGUCAGAAAUGUUUGGUGAUUCAAGCUACUUCAGGUUAUAUUAAGUGUUUGAUUCCGGUACCGAGUAAUACUUCAGUCACAUUGAACGAUGUAGGAAUCCAAGUGAUGGUAAAGCCAAAAGAUCAGAAUCAGUGGGUGGAUGUUGAGCCCAGCAGCCCAGAUGGUUGUAUAUAUUCAUACUCUUUAGCAGCAACGCCCAUAGUAAAAACAAUUGAACCGCGAGAAGUGAGUAGUAAUGAUACUAUAAGAAUCGGUGGAAGCAAUCUUUUGUUCCCUGGAGAAAAUGUGUCAUCAGUACAAGUAUAUCUUGAUAACGCUCCAUGUAUAGUUGACCCAUUAUCAAGCAACGCAAGUCUGUUAUUAUGUCAAGUAAUUGGAUCUUUACCAGCCGGAAAUGUAAACCUUAGAUUAUUGCAUGAACUACGAGGCAAUCCUAAGUAUGAGACAAGUUUAACCCUAAGAAGCAAGACUACUGUACUUACAGUGGAUCCUAAGGAAGGAAGUUUCGCUGGAGGUACAGUUGUUAAAAUAACUGGGAAUGGUUUAAAUGAUCCGACGUUUAAAAUUUAUUUUGGCUCAGAAACAUGUCAGAUAAUGAGCGGAAACAGAUCCGCAUCUCAAAUUUACUGUGUAACACCCCCACAAAUAAGCUUUUCAAAUUUGACGAAUUAUACAGUGGCAGUUAAUGUUUCUGGUGGAUAUUCGCUUUCUGAUGGAUUCACAUACGUAAACUCAAAAACUCCAAGAGUGAUCAAUGUAACAACUAACUUCACUAUGGUUAAUGGAACGUCAGUCAGCCAAUUAAAUGUAUACGGAAGUAUGUUACAAGGUGACUCCUUGCAAGGCAAACAAACUGAAGUCAAAUACAACCAAAGAACAUGCGUGAUACAAAUAAUUCGGAAUGAUUAUAUCCAGUGUUACAUAACUAAUUUGCCAAGUGACCAAUAUCAACUCGCUGUGAAUGUACCAGAAUAUGGUUUUGCAAUUUCAAACUUUUCCACAAAAGUUGACUUCUCUGUGAAUUCUAUAAAUCCCGGUACAGGUAGUACAAACGGUGGACUUCUGGUCGAAAUCCAGGGUGUAGGAAUGGAUGCAGAGAAAAGUACAGUUACAAUAUGUGAACAACCAUGCACGUUAGCUGGAGGUAGUUCACUCGCAUUAAAGUGCAUUACCCCUAAAAUGCCUACACAAACUGCGAAAUCAUGUGACGUUGUUGUAACAGUUCCUGCCAGUGGAAACGUCUUACAAAAAGCUCUUUCAUCAGCUUUCGUCUAUGAUCCUCAGCUUACACCAAACGUAGUAAGUGUAGACCCCUUAAUCGGUGGCACUGGAGGAGGCACAAAUCUGACACUUAUUGGUAAUAUGUUUGAUGAUAAUACAACAGUCAGUGUCGGUGGAAGUCAGUGUCAAAUAAUAUCUAUCAACGAUACCACAAUUACCUGUCAAACCGGUGUAUACAAUAGAAGUGAGAAAGUACCCGUCGAUGUUAUAACUGGAAAAUAUGGAAAAGCCAGUGGAAAUUUCAUUUUCUACUAUGUGGAUCGUUGGUCAAGUCGUUUUACUUGGAAUAACGAACCAAUACCAAAGGAAAAUGACUUUGUGGUUAUCAACCAAGGUCAAAAUGUCAUGUUAGAUACAAACACACCAGUUCUCUCAAUGCUACUGAUCAAUGGUGGUACACUGUUCUUUGACCCAACAAAGGAUGUUCAACUACAUGCAAAAUACAUACUGAUAUUAAACAAUGGAAAGUUUCUGAUUGGAUCACCUGAAGAACCGUACACUAAAAUGGCCACGAUAACACUCCACGGACAUGUAAGAGAGAAAGAACUGCCUUUGUAUGGUGCUAAAGUUUUGGCUUUACGCAACGGAACGCUCAGCAUACAUGGUAAACCUAGGAUUGUUACUUGGACUAGACUAACAAAAACUGCAGAAGCCGGAACAAAAACAUUGGUAUUACAACAUCCAGUUGACUGGCAGCCUGGAGAACGUAUAAUCAUAACAUCCACAGGGGGAAAAUCAGCACAUAACCAAUCAGAGGAACACAUAAUUGCAGAUAUUUCUUCCGACAAUCGUACGAUCACAUUAACUGCUCCGCUGGCAUACAGAAAAUUGGCCGUAAAAAUAAACUACUCAAAUGGUGUUACUGGAAAUUUCGCUGCUGAAGUAGGACUUCUAACUAGAAAUAUUUUAAUAACUGGAACAAAUGAACCUGUAGUGUCAUCAGAUGUUCCCAAAUGUACCAAUGAUUUUAGUACAGGGCAAUUUGCAACUCAUACCUGCGUGAUAGGAGAUCCAGGUGAACAGCUGGGUGCUAGUGAAUAUGGUGGUCAUGUGCAUAUUGGUGGUCCGUAUAUAAACAGUGGUGCAGUUAAAGCCUAUAUAUCCUAUGCUGAAUUUUAUUUCAUGGGUCAAGCCUACCGUUUGGGUCGUUAUCCUAUACAUUUCCAUUUGAAUGGUUUUAUGAAUGGUUCUUAUGUACGUGGCUGUUCAGUUCACAAAAGUUUCAAUCGUGCAAUAAACAUUCACAAUACGCAUGAAGUUCUUGUGGAAAAUAACGUGGUUUACGAUGUAAUGGGUGGUGCAUUUUUCUUGGAAGAUGGUAUUGAAUACGGGAACUUGAUCCAGUAUAACUUGUUGGUCCAUGUAAAGCGUACAAGUAGCCUACUGAACGAUGAUGUAGUACCGGCAGCCUUCUGGAUUACACAGCCGAAUAAUACUGUACAGCAUAAUGUUGCUGCGAGUGGAACACACUUUGGAUUUUGGUAUCGUAUGUUAGAAAAUCCAUCUGGACCCUCCAGUACUACUACUGUUUGCCCACGUAAAAUUCCAUUGGGGAAGUUUGAAAAUAAUACAGUACAUAGUCAAGGUUGGUUUGCUCUGUGGAUUCAUGAAAGCUUCUUCCCAACAACAACUGGUGGAUGUUCAUCAACAAAAUGGGAUAAAGCUGUAUUUCGAAAACUUACUGCUUGGAAUAAUAAUAAAGGACCCGAAUGUGUUAACUGUGGUGGAGUGCAGUUCGAGGAUAUGUUACUUGUAAACAAUGACGAAGCAGCAAUCGAAGGAAAACGUUUAAUGUUUGGAAAUCUAUAUGAUCAGAACACCGGUCCUUUUUACAAAAACGCUACAAUUGUCGCCUUCGAGCCUGAACUUACUGAUGGGCUUCCAGAUUGUCAUACAAGAGCAGUCAUAUUACCGUGGGCACCUGGUCUAACGGUUGAAAAUAUGGUGAUGCGAAAUUUCAAUGGUCAAAACUGUACAGCGAUUCACGGAACUGUGAUUACAUGUUUGUGCAAUAAACUUUGCGGAGGCUAUGAAUAUCUAUUUAGGAAUAUAAAGUGGGAGAAUACAAACAAUCGUGCUGAGUUUCGAUGGCAUGGAGACUUCAGUCUUCGUGAUUUAGAUGGGUCAUUAACAGACGGCCUUCCAGAUGUUCCAAAACUUCCUGGGUCUUUAAUCAUAGGGAAAGCUAAUCAUCUGCCAGCAGACAAAUGUGGUCCCAGUGCUCCAGGAGCUGGAGACCUUGGGACUGCCUUUGGCCAAGGUGCGAUACAAGGUGUUCGUUGUCUUCCUGAUGUUACAGCUCUAAGGUUUGCUGUUGACCAAGUUAUUCCGACAAGAGUGAUGGGCAGUAAUAUGACUGUGACUCUACUCAAUGGAGGGACAGAACAAGUACCUUUCAAAACUGAAGCUCUCACAGAUAAGCAAGGAUGGAUGACUACACUCGUAAAUAACAGAACGUAUAUUGUGAAUUGGAACGCAGUAUCAACAUUCAGCAACUUAAGUUAUAUUGGCUAUUUGGAGAAUUUCAGGCAAUGGGAUUAUGUCAUCGUUCGUCACAUGGGAAUGACUGUUAAACCAGACAGAGUCCAAGUUCUCCUCAAUCAGCAAGCGAAGCAACCGUUGGCUGAACCUUUGGAUCCAUCCAAACAUGAAACUGGUGAUGUGUUCUAUAAUGAAACAGGAAACUAUAUUGAAUAUAUAGUCAAAGCGCCAGCUAAUCCAACAUCAUUCAAUAGUCAUCGGCUAUGGGUAUCAUUUUAUAAAUGCUUUUUCACUGACUGUGUAAUUCCCACUACUGCCACACCUACAGUUCAAACAUCACGUCCAGCAGAUGCUUUAUUCUGGUCAAAAAGUAGCACUUGGAACACUGUGCUGGGACCUCAACCAACAAACGGAAGUUCGCUUACCAUCCCGAAAGGAACAUGGUUAGUCCUUGAUACUUCAAUUUAUAUUAAAAUGGAAAAGCUUUUAAUAUAUGGUACACUUGAAGUGGAUUCAGGGACGAGUCAAGACCAACGAGUUUACAAAUUAGCAUUUAAACAGAUGUUGAUCAUUGGGGGUCAAUUCUUAGCUGGACCCACUCCUGAAAUGCCAUUAACAAAUGCAACACUUGAAUUAACCUUGCUUGGCUCUGUUUCCGAUGAAUCUGUCAGUGUGGAUGGGCCAGUGAUUGGACCAAAGUCAAUAGGUGUAUAUGGUGUUAUGAAUAUGCAUGCCUUGCCCAAGAAAAUAAUGUGGACUAAUCUUCGAAAUACGGCCACGGCUGGAGAAAAUCAAAUUCGUCUUAAUGAACCAGUAACGGACUGGUCACCUGGCAAUCGAAUUGUUAUCGCCACAACUAGUAUGGAUUUUAAACAGUCAGAAUUACAUGAAAUCGCCUCCAUUUCUUCAGAUCUAAUGACGAUCACCCUCGUGAAUAAGCUGGCAUUUACUCAUGUUGCGUAUAACCAGACUUACGGUAAUCACAUAUUCACAACUGGUGCUGAGGUUGGCCUUCUUACUUCGAACAUUAUUGUUCAAGGCGAUAAUCAAAGUGCAGUUAAUAAGUUUGGAGGAAGGAUUCUGGCAUCACAAACCCUGUCUGCAGAUGGUGUUUCAUUUGGACAAAUUAAACUAUCAGGUGUACAUUUUUAUCGUAUGGGUCAAAAGGAAUUCAGUACGCCAACAGAUGCUCGUUUUCCGGUCUCUUUCAUCAGUGCUGGCGAUAUGAAAAAUAUUUCAUACAUAAAGUCGUGUAUUUUUGAAGAGUCUUUGUCUUCAGCAGUUGGAGCGUUUGGAACUUCUGGACUACUAUUAGAAAAUAAUAUCUUUUAUAAAACUCGAGGCAGCGCUAUCUGGGUGAAAGACAAAGGUCACAAAAUAAUACACAAUUUACUGAUUGAAUCUUUAUGGUCAGGAGAAACGGACCCUAAUAACCAAAAUCUCGACAUUUUGUUUGAAGCUGCACUAGACAUAAAAGAAGCCAGCGACCUAACAUUACAAGGAAAUGCAAUAGCAGGAGCUGAACGUGUUUGCGUAUACACUCAGGGAUAUUCUUGUGAUUCAGGCAAUAAUUCUAUGUGGAAGAAGAACACUGUACAUUCUUGUCUGAUUGGAUUUAUGCAGCUGAAAACUCAAUAUAGCUGCUCAGUGAUUUCCGAUUCCCAGAUAUACUCAGUUAGUCAGUUCUCAAUGUUUUGGAGGACGGAUUCGUCUAUUCAAGCCAAGCGUAUACAUUUAGUCGAUAAUGCUGGAGGUAUGUAUCCAUUUAUUGGUGAACCAAGUGGACGAACUCAUAAGAUUAGCUCCAAGGAAUUUAGAUUUGAUAAUUCCUUACUAGUUGGUCGCAGUGGGAUUCAGUCGUGUAGCGAUAAGCCUAAUGACAUGGCUAUUCAGCUAGCAUCAAAACUGAAAGGACCGACUUCACCUGAAGGUGGCUACUUGGGUAUGACAAGUCCCCAGUUUAUGAGCUCAAUUGGUAUGCCUGAGGAAGGUAAAUUAACAAGCUGGAGUGGGGACUUUUCAAAUGGUGGAGCUGCUUUCAUAACCAAUGUAACCAUAGCGAAUUAUGGUGCUGUAUGUAGUGGAAAACGAGAUUACGUAUGGCGGACAGAUAUGAAUAAUGAAGAUGGAAUAUUUCCAACAUAUUUUGUUGGUACGAAUGCGAUAUCUGUGGACUCUAGUAGCAUUACUUAUUACGACAGACCAAAAGUCGGAAAUGUGCGUUUUGACAAAUGUAAUGAUAUGGAAUGUGAUGGCCUUAAAAAGAUUCUUGUGAUUGACAAAGACGGUGGAUUGUUUGGUCAGCCUACUGUUAUAGUACCACAAUCAGAAUGGCAGUAUAAUUUGGAUUCAAGUUAUGGUGUUAGUGAUAAACGUAUACCAAAAAGAAUGUUAAUGAAAGCCGAUGGGACAUCCAUUGAUCCUGCAACAGAAUGGCCAAACAAAGGUAUUAUUCGUGACAGCUCAUGCGUUUACAUGGCUACAAUGCAAGCAUACAAGUGUAGUAGGUCAUUGGAUCACAGAAUUUUAUUAAUUGAGUCUAUGGAUCCAGACGCUCUUGAGCGCAGACUUUCACCGAUUGCAUUUGCAACACAGGGAUUAUCCCCUAACUACAUUGAUCUGAUAAAUGGUCCAAGUGAUCAUGGAGCGUGUUCAAGUUAUGCCUGUUUGAAAAGGAUGAGUACAUUUAUGGCAGUCGUUGCACGUCAAAAGAAUUUUGUAAUGUAUAUGACAAGUACCAUGCCCCAGGAAUUACGUUUACGAAUUCCACAAGCGGAACCAGAUUAUGCUGUUAGGAUUGGAAUUGAUUACUUCACUGCAGGAAGACUUGAUGUCUACGUGAAUGGACAAUACGUGAAGGCCAAAAAUGCAGUAAACAAUAGUUUGGGUCAGUCUGUAUUACAAGCACCCAAAACACCGGAAGAAUUUAUGCCAAAUGUAAUGACAGACUCAGCUGGUACUAAUUACUAUGAUGAUUCAACGCAAAUUUUGUAUGUGAUUCUAAAAGGUGAAUCGAUUAUCACCAUUAAACUGUCACAGUUAGUGAAAGUGUCAUUCGGUUUGCCUGCAAUGACUAUUGACCAGUUUUUUGGAUCAGAAGUUGUUUCAAAUUUGGCCAAAUUUUUAGGAAUACCUGCAGAAAAUAUACGUAUAGUCAAGGUGGUUUCUGAGUCUGCUACUAAUUCAGCAAGUCGUCAACGUCGAGCUGUCCCUGGUGUUUUUGUUGAAUUAGAGAUCUCGUCACCACCAAGUCAAAAUUUAUCCCAGUCUGCAACACCAAAUGUUACAUCGUCUGGAAUAACACCCAUGGAGAAAAUAUCAGCAAAUGUCGUUUCAGCUGUACAAACAGGAUUAUUGGAAAAAAUUAUUAAUGCUACGGUAGUUAGUGUAUCAGUUCAACAGCCUACACCGUUACCAGGUAGUCCACUAUGGUCUGCUCUAGUUUCAAAUUCAACAAGUGUCUCACCAUCCCCUACAGUUAUUCAAAUCCCAGCAAGUGUGAAAACGAAACUUUUCGUGCCAGCAGGCUAUGAUUCAGUUACAGAAGGCAUUCCAUUCAGUUUAGAAAUCAGCACCGUGGACUCCUCGGGAAACAUUGUUCGACCACUGGGCACAAACACAAGUCGUUGGGCAUAUGAAUUAUUUCAACCGGAAUCAGUUUCACCUAUUAAAGUAUCAAAAACAAACUUCGACAGUCCAGAAUCAGGAACAGCUCUGGUUUCAAAUCUUAUAUUUUCAAGGGAUGGUUUGGCUAACCUGUUUGUUUCGGUGAUCUCUCCUAAUGAUUCGUCUAGAUUAAAUUCGUCUAUAAAUUUCCUUGUGAAGAAGAGAAAAUUUGGUUUGCUUAUUAGUCCUGUUGAAUCUAAUGCCAGUGACUCAACCAUCAAAUCAACAGUUAAUAAAAACAUCCCUGUUCAAGUAAAACUUCUGGACAACCAAACAGGCGCUGUGGCGACUAAUGUAAACUGGAGAUCUCUUAGGUGGAAUUUCACUGGUGAUGUUUGUCCAAACAGUAGGAAACCGACAAAUGCGAUAACAAAUUCAGCUUCAUCAUACUUCUAUGAUCCAACUAACUCAAAUGGAAGCUUCAACUGGGCUAUUGGUGGAUUCCAGUCACCUUGGAUAUAUGUAUAUUGCAUUAGUGCUACUGCUUAUCUCAACGAUAGUACGACAAGACAGCCAGAUUAUGAUAUUGGUCUGACUAAAUUCAAGAUUCAUAUUCGUCCACAGAACUACACUGAACCACCUAGAAAUGUUGCCAAACCAUUCUCAUUUAAGUUUGCUGGUAGUUACUCAACUAUGCUGCAACAUAUUGAUGAGUUUACAGCUGCUGUACAGUCUGAGCUGUUCACUCGCUACCCCAAUGUAUUAUUUGAAAAUAUGACAUUUAGUGAAGGUAGUAUAGUGGUGAAUGCAGUCGCUGUUGGCGAAUCGUCAGCUACCAUUGACAGUGUAUUGAGCAGCUUAACUUCAACUUUAAAUAACGGAAGCAUCAGCUUUUCGGUAGCAGGUGUCAAUUACACAGUCGCCAAUACCGGAAAGAAUGAUGGAUGUAAAACAACCGGCUUCGUCACACCAUUUAUAAUGCUUACGAUUCACUUUCUGUUUUACCAAUUAAUUUUGAAAAAUCUACAAUUUUGACCGAAUUCUGCUGAAUUUGUUAUUUUCUGUUGUUGAUUUCUCAUACAUACGCAGUAAA